AUGGAAUCUCACAAUGAGCCUCGGAUAUCGAACGGAAAUAAUGGAACACAGACCUUGAACCGCCCAAAGGAUAAUGAUUUGAAAAUAGCGACCUGGAAUGUUAGGACUAUGUUACAAAUAGGGAAGAUGCAAGAGGUAGCAAAUGAAAUGGCAAAAUAUAAAAUCGACCUUAUGGCUUUGCAAGAAAUAAGGUGGGCCAAUAAAGGAAAAAUCGAAAAGCCUCAAUAUACGUUAUUCUACAGCGGAAGCGCAUCUGGUAGGAGAACUGGAUUGUAUGGUACUGGAUUCAUGAUAAACAAAAAGUUAAAAAGCACCGUAAUGGCUUUUGAACCAGUUAAUGUUAGAAUAUCUAUGAUAAGAUUAAAAGGAAAAUUUUGCAACAUCACAAUAGUAACCGCUUACGCCCCGAUCGAAGAUGCAGAUGCUGAAGACAAAGAUAUAUUUUAUGAAAAUCUAAUGGGCAGAGAGCAGCAUGUAGUGAAUAUUGCUGGUAAAUACUCAUUACAUGAAGUAUGCAACAAUAAUGGUCAGCGGUUAUGCCAGUUUGCCGAUGAAAUAUCAAUGAAAAUAAAAAGCACGGCAUUCGAGCGUAAAAAUAUAUACAAAGGCACAUGGAAAGUACCGGGGAGCGGCAUAGUAAAUCAAAUUGAUCAUGUUUUAAUUACAACAAGGAGGGCUUCGUCGAUAAUUGAUGUAAGGUCGUGCAGAGGUGCUAAUUGCGACAGUGACCAUUACCUUGUUAGGGUUACUGUGAGGCAAAGAAUAUCAAAUAUUACAAAGCAGCGAGGUAAGAAAAAGAUAAAGUGGAAUACAGAAAAACUCUUACAGCCCACCGUCAAAGAAAACUAUCAAGAGAAAAUACAGCAUCAUUUGUUCCACAAUGUAAACAGUCAGAACGAAACAAUAGAGAACAUGACAGAAAAUAUCGAAAAAGCCAUAAUAUCAGCUGCAACAGAAAUAGUGGGUAAGGCACCAACACAGCGAAAUAGUGAAUGGUUUGACAGCGAAUGUAAAGAUGCAAUUGAAAUUAAAAAUGAAGAGCGGAAAAAAAUGCUGCAGCGGAAUACAAGAGCAAUCAGAGAAGAAUAUAAACGAAAGAGAGUAAUUGCUAAUAAAAUUUGCAAAAAGAAGAAGAAACAAAUGAUGAAAAGUAAGAAAAUGACGAAUGGAUAUCAGCCAAGACUGAAUAUAUGUAGGGAUAAGCCAGGGAAUAUGUUAUUAGAAGAAAAUAAAAUAAUGUCACGUUGGGUAGAAUACUCGUAUUUUAAAGAGCUAUUAAACGUGCCCCAUGAACAACAACAAAAUGACGAACAAGAGUUGAUGACGGCAGAGCCCCUGGAUAUAUUACCAACAUUUGACGAAAUUAAAACAGCAAUUUUUAAAUUGAAAAAUAAUAAGGCUCCUGGUGAGGAUAACGUAACGGCAGAGCUGUUAAAAAUGGGUGGUGAGGAGCUUCAGAAAAGUAUACAUAGAUUAAUAUGUAACAUUUGGCAACAAGAGACUAUACCUGAAAAGUGGAAUAUGGGUUUGAUUUGUCCCAUACACAAAAAGGUUGACAAAACAGACUGUAAUAAUUAUCGAGGGAUCACGUUAUUAAACUGUAUGUAUAAGGUCCUGUCUAAUGUAAUUUAUGAACGUGUCAAACCAAUGGCUGAGGAGAUAAUAGAUGAAUACCAAUGUGGGUUCAGAGGCAAUAGGUCGACGGUAGACCAAAUAUUUUUACUGAGACAAAAUAUGGAGAAAUGCUACGAGCACAAUGUAGAUCUUCAUUUGCUCUUUAUUGACUAUAAACAAGCUUUUGAUAGUGGUGCAUUUGAAAUUAAAACUGGUGUGAGACAGGGAGAUGCACUAUCUGCACUAAUGUUUAAUCUUCUUCUACAACAUGCUUUAGGAAAACUUUAUACUGAUGGUAACAUUUUUUCAAGAACGUCACAAAUAAUGGCAUAUGCAGAUGAUGUUGUUAUAAUUGGGAGAAGUGUAAGGGCCAUGUGUGAAGCGUUCGUAAAAAUCGAAAAUGAAACAUCAAAAAUCGGUUUAAAAAUAAAUGAGGCAAAAACAAAAUACCUAGAAAUGUCUAGAACACCGAGAAGGCGACAAUUAUAA